AGGAGUCGGUAGAGAAGCGGGUGGAGCUCAUCUGCCACAACAGUUAAUCAUCUGAAGAAAAAAUGGAGUACCGUGACAUAGAAAGAUAGAAAUAUGAACUGUCACACCUCUGCGGGCUUUAUGGUCGCCUUGUCGCCGCUUCACUGACCCAAAAUCCUCGCCGCGGAGACAGACGGGGCAGACCGGGCCUGUAUGGCUGGUCUGUCCCAUCUAGUGGUCCGAUUUUCGGGCUCAGCUGGACGGACUUACGGCGUGUUUUCCAAAGGCUUAACGAGGACUUUGUUAAUAUUCUUUAAUCUUGCGUGGAGGCUGCGAAUACGAUUUCCAUACAUCUACCUUGUUGCUUCGAUGAUGUUUAAUGUCCGAUUACAGGUGCACAUUGAAAUCCACUGAGCGCAUCUCCCCUGAAGCCCAUACUGUGAGCACUGCCAGGUUUGCACCCAGCAAAAAUGUACGACAAUGCACAUUGUAUUAAAAGAGGAUAUUGAAACUGGUAUGACAAUGCAACAAAGUGGCAUGUCUGGUUUAUGCAGUCAGCUUUUGUCACACAAGCCCAGUGCCUUCAGGAGAGAAGAAGCAGAGUGUCCACAGACAUGAGCUAGCACAAGCAACUUCAAGCUCACCCCCUGGAAUGACGGAGAGGAGGAAUGUGGAAGCAUGGAUCCCCUUGACACUGCCUAUUCAUUUUGGGAAACAAGGACUAAAGAACAAAAAAUCAAACAAAAAAAUGAACUGGAUCUUUGCUAAACCUCUGGAAUUUAAAAGGAAUUUUGUGUUUCAUCUCACAAACAUAGAUGGUACACGUUUUGUUCAUUUUUAUUUAGCAUGAUGUCACAAAGCAGCAUGUUCUGUUAAAGCUGCAGGGGUGUUGGUGGUUUGUUGGUGGCAAAACACUGCAGGUACCAAAACUGUGAUGCUACUAAAUGCAAACUCUUUGUCUUUAUGUUUACACACACAGCACAUCUCAUUACUAUAACAUGAAUAAUUUAUUGUGAAAUUAGUAGCCAGCAAUAUUUGUGUCAGAAGGUUUUGUUUAAGAUUAUUUGUGAUGGUUGUUUGGCUAGAAAUAAAUUAUUGCAGCCA